GAGCCCACUGAAAGGAUUAGUGUACCCUUAAGGCCUUACCCUCUUAGAUUUCUCCGAGCAACUAAACAUUAAACAAUUGUUGUUCUAAUACAUCAAAUCAAUCUCAGAGAGAUCGAUUCAGUAAAUCCAAAGUAGCAUUGCUUCUGGUCAACCAAGUGAAAAUUCCGACGAGAUUUCGAUGUGUUUCAUCUGAUUAAGAAUCUGCUUCUGUAGAGUAAAUCUGAAAUCUUUUCGAGAUGGGUCUCUUCGAAUCGGUGAAAUCGAUCAACUGGGAACACGAAUCGUUCCCGGCUUACCAGGAUUUUGGGUUUUUGCCUCUCUUCGCAGUGUUCUUCCCUACAAUAAGAUUUCUUCUCGAUAGAUUCGUCUUCGAGAAAUUGGGAAAGCUUUUGAUUUAUGGAAGGAAGAGUCCGGAUAAGAAUGACAACAUGAAAGAGAGGAAGACGAAAUCGAGAAAAAUCAGAAAAUUCAAAGAGUCAGCUUGGAAGUGUGUUUACUAUCUCUCAGCUGAGCUACUUGCUUUGUCUGUGACAUAUAAUGAACCUUGGUUUACAAAUACUCUCUACUUCUGGAUUGGUCCUGGAGAUCAGAUUUGGCCUAAUCAACAGAUGAAGAUAAAGUUGAAAUUUUUAUAUAUGUUUACAGCUGGGUUCUACACAUACUCUAUAUUCGCUUUGGUUUUCUGGGAAACAAGACGGUCAGAUUUUGGAGUUUCGAUGGGUCAUCAUAUCACAACUCUUAUUCUCCUCGUCCUCUCCUACCUCUGCAGAUUCUCUCGUGCUGGUUCUGUGAUUCUUGCACUCCAUGACGCGAGCGAUGUGUUCCUUGAAGUUGGAAAAAUGUCGAAAUACAGUGGAGCUGAGAGUAUAGCAAGCUUUUCGUUUGUUCUUUUCGCUUUGUCUUGGGUCAUUCUACGUCUAAUUUACUAUCCUUUUUGGAUCCUCUGGAGCACUAGCUAUCAAAUUAUUAUGACUGUGGACAAAGAAAAGCAUCCGAUCGAAGGACCCAUCUAUUACUACAUGUUCAAUACUCUUCUGUUCUGCUUGCUUGUUCUUCAUAUUUUCUGGUGGGUUUUGAUUUACCGGAUGCUUGUGAAACAAGUACAGGAUCGAGGCAAGCUUAGCGAAGAUGUCAGAUCCGAUUCUGAAAGCGAAGAUGAACACGAGGAUUGAUCGCAUCUUGAGACUCUGUUUCUGAAUCAGACAGAAUUUGAGAACAGAGACUGUCAUACUUCAACAUAAGCAGGAUUCACUGAAGGUGUGUGCGAAAAUUUUAACAGUCAGAGGGUCAUAACCGAAUCAAAUGGAUCAGAUAACUUUGGAGAUUGCAUUUUUGGAUUGGUUUUCUCAAUCGGAAUUUUGAGAUGAUUGAUUUCUUUGGUUUGAGCCAAUUCAAGAUUUUGUUUAGACACAUUGCUUAAAGCAACUCCUUCACUUGUUUUACUUUAUUUUGUUUUCUGUAGUUUUAUUUAUGGACUUCAUUUAUUGUUUUGGAUCAUUACAAUAACACAAUUUCUUGUAUUAUGAAAUUUCAUCAUCU